UUGGAAGAGCUAGAGAAAGCGUUCGCCCAGACUCACUACCCCGAUGUGUUCAUGCGAGAGGACUUGGCUAUGAGAAUCAACCUGACUGAGGCCAGAGUACAGGUGUGGUUCCAAAACAGACGCGCAAAAUGGCGCAAAAGUGAACGUUUUGCUCAACAACCGGGCGGGGGUCGUCCGACUGGCUCUGUAGGAGAGGACGGUGAAGGAUGUGGACAGGAAGGGGACAAAAGUACCGAGGCAAUAAAUGAACAUCCUCACAGUCCUGCCGCUUUUCCAGAUCGUGUGCCACAGACAGCGCAUGCGCACGAACGACGUGGAGACGAGAUGGAGGCUCAGACAUCUGCAGGAGGACCGGGAAGUUUUGUGGAAGAGAGAAAGUCUGAGGGGAGAGAUGAGGUGCUGGUGGAGAUCAAGAGUGAACGUUCUCAAGCUGAUCAGGAAGGCUGUGGUGACGAUCUUGAACGACAAGGAUUUGAAGAAGCUCAAGCUCGAGAAAGUGACAGAGACACAGAAGGACAAGGGAGAGAUGACGGAGAGGGCGAGGGAGAAAUCUGUGUUGAUAAAAAUGAGCCAGAUGACUGUUAUGAGGGGUCCGGGCCCCACGGUGAGCAGCGGCGGAGAUGUUCUCAAAACGAGGCUAUUGACUACACUGCUCGGAAAACCGAAGAAAGCUCAAGUGGGACUGAACUAGCAGGAGAAAUGACGGUGGAUGUUGAAGAUGAAGACGACAACAACAACACAGGGGACAAACGACCAUUGCUGCCUAUCCUAAAUCAUCAUCGGCAUGAGUCUCACAUGAUGAUGAAUGCUAGCCCCCGAAGACAUGAGCCUCCGCCGUACCUCGGCUUCCCCCGACAUUCUCCGAUCAGACACGAGUUUAUGCCGCCUCCUGCGGCGUCAGAUGGAGGGAAGCUGAUCUUGAACACACCGUCGUCUUUAGAGCCUCUCAUUAGCCCGCCGUACGAGGGGAGAAAGUCUUUAUCCCCCACAUCAUCCACCUCUCCCGCGCUGUCACUCACAAACACCCCCUCUGUAGCAGCGGGAAUCCCGAUGACGUCAGACGGUCGCGGUGGAAUCACGUCCACCGCUGGAGCCUCGCUUUCAGUAGACGCUCCACCGCCGGGGUUUCCCGUGUCUCCGUCCUUGGCCUUUGGACACUCGGGAAUGACAUCAUACGGAAAUGACCCCGCUCUAGGCAUGCUGGGACUUAUGCCUCCACUCAUGUGGCGCUCUCCCGACCUAGCGCUGAUGGCAAAGAUGAGCCGUGGAGCAUUGCCCUUCACACAAAGCCUGCUGGCCAUGAACAGACCGGGUCUACUUUCAAGCAUGGACGGAUCAAGGUUCAAGUCCGGGUACGACUCGUUGCUUUCUUCCAGGCAGUUCCUCUCCUCCCACUUGCCCCACCCGGCCUUCAAGGGUUGUCUACCCUUCUGUAUGUACUGCCCACCUCGCUCAAACGGAACAGGAAGUAACCACAUCGCUGGAAACUGCAGCGGAGGCGGAAGUAAUUCGGGCUCGUUCCCGCCAACCUUCGGCGAGCACCGGACGAGCAGCCUGGCAGAGCUGAGGCAGAAGGCUAGAGAGCACGCUGAAGCAAUUGUGGCUCGACGGACGGACUCGCCUACACCGCCCACUGACUGAUCGUACUACAACAUCCUUUUCUGAAUAUUGUAUCUAAGUUUAUGCCCUUUAGAGCAAAGUUUUGGGUUGAAAAAAGUGCCCUGUUAGACCGAUGAGCACUUAAGGUAAGGCGCGAGUUUACGAGCCUCCUCUUUCAGUACCUUUAGAAAGAGACGGGACCGGAGUCUAUAAAGUAAUAGUUCGGCUCUUCGCUGCCACACGCUGGAGUACCGAGGUCGAUUAAUGAGAGGGGACAAAUAUUAUUGAGGGUCUUGGUCUUUCUGCUGUUAUGUUAUAUCUCUCUCAGCUUAAGUUGACAGGGAGGGUCAGAAGCUCGCCCCCAUAAGUAAUUUUAGUGUGUGUUGAUCUGGGUAUAAAAAUGCUUACAUUAUAAUGGAAAAUGGGGUGCCACAAUCCUUAAAGAAUUAUUUUUUUAAGAGGAUUCAAACUCAAGUCGCCUAUACUAUAACUGAGUUGGUGUUCCCCUUCAGUAAGUCUUAGGUAUUUUGGAGGCAAAAGGGGAGAGAGAGAGAGAGAGAGAGAGAGAGAGAGAGAGAGAGAGAGAGAGAGA